AUGUCACUUUGUGAGGACGAGGGAUAUUUCCAUGACUAUGGGAGCCUAGUCAGCAAAGGUUCACGAGGGCAUAAUAAACGCAAGCCGGGCAAAACUUUCUCUGACCGAAGACUUUUCGCGAAAACUAUUCAUGACCCUGAAAAUUCUUUGAGCAACAGAGCACGCAAACGUUUCCUCGCUGAUCGAUCAGAUGGAUUUUGUCCAAAUGUGCCUUAUUCCAUGGAUAAACAUGACAGAUGGAAGAGGCUUACUCCAGCAUCACUUCUCAGUAAUCACCCGACGUGGGCUCCUGAACUUCGCGUGAUUGUACGAAAAGCCAUUCAGUUUCCAGCUUUUAAAGAGCACCACGCUUCCGCCGCUGGGAGCCUACGCGUACUCGAUGGUGAUGUAAUCACGACGAUUUUCACUACAAAAAGAAGGAACUCGAGUGAAGGACGGCAAGAUGGAAGUGAAAAGACCGUGCAAGCAAGAAUUCACUUCGAUGUCAUAGCUGCUCCACGUCUGCGUUCCAAAUCUAGAAAAUUCAGGAGAGGCAUUAGGACGAGAACUGAACGGAAAUACACGAGACCUGAUUAUUGCGAGGAAAUUGCUGAAUAUUUAGCGAACGCUGGUGUAUAUCCGUCACAUCCUGAAUGUGCCGAUAUCCAUCCGACUUCCACAAGAAUUCCCAAACCAACGCUCGGAGAUUUUUUGCUCUCUGAGCAGCCAACAACGUCAUCAAAGAUAGAAAAAGAGAAUACUAGCCCUCCUAAAAUAUGCUCUUUUGUUAAGAUUAUUCCAACAAAGCCUGUUCAUGUCAUCGACAUUUCCAAGGCUACUAAUACUGGUCAUAUUUUCGAAGUUAUCCAUUUCUCCCUUAAGGAAUUGGAAAAGUUCGAUUUUCGGGAGGAGAUUACGCGUCUACUACCUAACAAUUGCACUUUGCAAUGGUUUGGCGAGGAUCGUGUGUCAAUAAAAACUAAGCCUUCGGUUACAUUAUUCUUUGUUGUAUUUAUGGAGAAAGACCAUUUUGAAGGGAAACUCAGGGUCCGCAUCAACACGAACACCCCAUACCCGCCUGGUUUCGGCAGAAAGGACCUUUUAAAAUUACUGUUGAGAAGAAGAAGAUUUUCAAUGUUGUUAUAUGAUCUGAUUGAAUUUAUACUAAACACAGUAGAAAGCAAGAACCCGAGCAGCCAACCGUCUGAAGAAGAUAGUCGAUGUUUGCAAUGUAAAGAAAAUUUUUUGCCACGUGUUAACAGUGAAAUGUUGGCAUUUUCGGGAACCCUGCUUUUGGAGCAUCAAAAACUUGCAUUUUUCGAAUCACAUUACAGUUCAGGCGAUUUCGAGAUUGUUUGCAAAUCUGAGAUUAUACAAUUUUGGGAAGCCCGUGAUGUCUGCUACCGAUGCAACUCUCCAUACAAUACCGAUCUCUUCCCGACUGUAGAUGGUUCGAUGUGUAGGCAGUGUGUAGCAUCCUAUGUGAUACAUCAGCUCCGUCUCAACCGUUUUCCCUUACAAAUCCCGCUUCUGCCUAGCAGUAACAAUUCCUCCAUUGAUCUCCUCUAUGCAGUUUUGCCUGCUUCCGUUAUUUCAUUGAUAAUACAGAUGUCCUUCACUUACUUCUACACGCUUGAGUACCCUGAAGCGGUAUUUUUAGAAUGUCCUAAAUGCACCCUACCAUUGGUGGCUCCUAGAGGAAAUGAAUUCAAUAUUUGUACAUGCCCGGUAUGUGGAUGCUAUUGGUGUUCCCUUUGCAACUGGGAACCACAUUGGCCGAUGAACUGCAAAGAAUUUAGGGAGUGGAGCAAAAAAUGGGAACAACAAUACUUAUUUGAAAAGUUCAACCUCGACAAUGGAGAACGUCUUCUAUGCAUAACGUGCGAUUGCGGGCAAACUUUCUAUGCUCCUGAAAACUCGGCUCACGGGACUGUGUGCAGAGGUCGGAGAUGUGGAUUACGCUACGAUAGAGUUAAGUUGAUGCGAUACCCAUGGGAAUUCUAUGGUCCUUUCUUCAUUAGGUACCGAAGGAGGUAUCACAAACGAGGGAAGAAAGAGGGAGCUCCUGCACAAGUGAAAUAUGUGGCGCCGAAAAAACUCGUAAGGAAGCAAUAUUCGAAGGUAUGCACGGAAGCAAGGAACCGAAGGUUCGAUAAUCAGGGCAGAAAAAAGUUUGAGAAAGCAAUUAACAGAGUGUUUUCUUGCAAGUCGAGUGCUUCCGAUGCGAUUAACUUGGGGAGAACAGCUCUUUUUCUAGUAGAAACUUGCACAGCAUGGCUAUACCUUCACCGAUCUGAAGACCAUCAACAUCUGAAAUCAUUAGUUCUGCAUCUCCUUGAAAAUUACUCAAUCCUGCAGGAAGAAAUUUCACUUCCAGCAUCAAACGUCACUGCAAGGUUCGAUGAUUUGAAGAUAGUGAUCGCUAAGGUGCUCACCUUGUUUUCUCAAAGUAUCAAGAGUUCAGGUGCACUUGAUCAAUAA